AUGGCGGAUGAGAAUGUCCUCAAGAAGGUGCACAACCUAAGCGACAUAGAGCUUGCUGCUCUGCUGUCGUUGAUGAGCAGGGAGCACUGCUUGAUCAGCACUCCGCCGGAUGCCCUCGACGACUUGAUUGAAGAGUUGCUACUCAUAUCGACCAAAACCUUCGGUCUUAAGCCCGCCGUCGUCGACUGCACGCCGAACACUACCCUCGACGAGUUCGCGACCUCGUUGCUCCUCCACCCACCAUCUGCAGGUCCGCGGUCCAACUCACCAUACCUCACCCGCCAUGGAGAGUCCUACUUCCACCAGCAGCCAGGCCACCCGAAAGGAGCGGCAGCCGCGCCUACACCACUGAGUCCGAGCGUGCCCACGGCGAACAUCGCCAACGUAGUGCUCGCCAAGAACCUCGACCGGGCACCCAGGGCUGUGCAAAUCCAGGCGCUCGAACUGCUCCGCACGAAGCGCAUCUUCACGCGCACCAGCGUGCAGAUGGCCCCGAAGCAGUUCCUCUUCGUGGCAGUCCUCGGCGCCGACUCUGGCGGCCAGGCCCGCGUCACGCCGCACCUGAACGACUUCUUCUACGUUGCACAUUGGCACGACUCGGAUGAUGGAUUUGCAAAUCUCGACGAAGAGUAUGGCACCGGUCGAGAAGAUUCCGACUUCGGCUCAGAGACAGCGAGCACCGAGAGUGUGGUGAAGAAAAGCUGGCACGGAGGCGAGGGAGCAGUCGAGCGGGAUGGUGGAGGUCUGAGCAAGCCGGUCUUCUCAGAGGGCGACAUUGCGUGCCUGGCCAAGAUGAGCCAGGAUGUGCAGAUUGAUGUGGAUGUGCUGCGAUAUCAAAUGAACAUCGUCUCGUUCCUGAGGAUGCACCGCGCUGUGGCCGGCGGGAUAACGCCAACAGCUACGAGGCAAUUCGAGCAGCUGAUGAAGUGUCUAGCUCCUCUGCAUAGACUGGACUAUGUCACACCUUCGCUGGUCGCUCUUGCGGCAAGGAAGAUCUACUUACACCGCAUCAAGAUUGUGAUGCCGGAAAAGGAGAGGAGUAUGCAAUGGGGAAGCGAACUCGCUGCCAUUGAAGCUUUGCUGGAAGACGUUGGACCGGAAGAGGUCAUCGAAGAUGUGCUUGGGAUGGUUCCCGCACCGGUCUAA